AGUCGACGUCGGCGCGCGGUGCGACGCGGAGCGGGCGCCCCCGACGGUGAGCGCGCCCUACCGACACCAUGUGCGCCCCGCUGGUGACCCUCCUGGUGCUGGUGCGCGCUGCUGGUGCCGCCGAACCGAACGCUGACCCGAUUGCGUAUGCAGUGGUGCAGGACGGGAGUGACCUUAACCUGCCCGCGGGCUCUGCCGGCCGAUAUGACACGGUGAUCAGCACGCACAAUGAACCCCGGUACCUGCUGGUGGCGUCGUCGCUGGUCCGUCCCGGCACCAUCUACCAGGCAGCCGUGGCUCUGCUGGAUAUCAGCGGCAGUGCCCUCACCGACAGACUGCGCUACCCGCUCGACGUGCGAGCGUCCCUCUCCAGAAACGGAGUCGAGAUCGCCUCCUCCGUCAAAACCAUGGCGCGAGGAGACUUGCAGAUGAUGAUGAUGAAGGUGCCGAGCACCUCCGUUCCGGGCGACUACCGUCUGCGACUGGAGGGCGACCACCGGGGCGGGGUGGGCGGCUCAGUGUUCGUCAACGAGACGCGCCUCCAGUUCGACCGCAGGUUCCUCACGGUGCUGAUCCAGACCAGCCGGCCGCUCUACUCCUUCGGACAGGAAGUUCACUUCCGCAUCGUCAUGCUGCGCACGGAUCUCAAACCAUUCGAUGAUCCAAUCGACGUUUACGUUCUGGACAGUGAUGGAUACGUUAUGAGACGAUGGCCCUCGCAGUCGUCCAACAACGGGGUGGUGGCUCUCAGCUUCCAGCUGCCGGGCAUCGGAAAGGGAGGGUGGUGGAAGAUCCGCGUCAGCGUCCGAGGACAGAUCGAGGAGAAGUUCAUGAGGAUGACCAAGAUGCGCACCCAGCAGUGGGAGACGUUUGUGUGGACGCCCACAUACUUCCUGCUCUCGGACGAUAACAUCACGGGCGACUUCUCUGCCGGCUACACAAACGACAAGAGUGUGCGCGGUAACGCCACACUGGAGCUGUGGGCCCGGCCCGGCCAGCCGGCCACAGAGGCCGAGCGAGAGUUCAAACUGGUCGACACCCAGCGCGUCGUCAGGUUCUACGGCGGGGCGUCCUUCUCGUUCCCGAUGGCCUCUCUGAACGGAGCCAUCACCCGACUGGACGGUGCCGAGGUCAAAGUCGUCGUCAAGGUAAACGACUACUGGCUAAACAUCACCCAAGUCGGUUUCUGCAACUCGAAGCUCAUCAACUCGUCGAUCUCCGUCCAGUUUUUGGGCGUUGCGCCGCAGCAGUACAAACCAGGGAUGCCGUUUCAUGGACAGGUGCUGGUGACGUACCACGACCAGGCGCCGCUGACCCCUGACCAGCUGCGCGAGUCAGCGCUCGAGAUCCGCUCAUCGGGAGACUCUGCGGGCGUGAUCCGCGUGCCCAGCGAGGCCGAGGUACGCCAGCAGACCCUCUGGAGGAACGGGACCUUCUGGCGGCCGGACGGGGACGCCGAGCGGCCGCUGCUGGAGGCCGAGCGGCGCUACCUGGAGACACUGACCGAGCGGUACCUGCAGCAGCACCGCUGGUCAGAGUACCGCGCCACCGGCCUCUACCGCUUCCAGCUGGACACGCCGCCGCGCGGCGGCACACUCCAGCUGACGGCCACCUACAGCGGCGCGGACGGCGUGACCGCCUCUGCCGGCCUGCAGCUGCAGCCGUACCACUCGACUACCCGCAGCGUGCUCGCCGUGGAGACGUCCAACCGGCGCACCGACAUCGGAGAGUACGCCGUCUUCCACGUGCGCUCCAACUUCCCCAUGAGCUACUUCUACCUGCUGGUAGUGAGCAAGAACCUGGUGAUCCACGGGGACCGUGUCCCUGUGCGGGACUCGGGCGGGCCGACCGUCACCACCACCUCCGUGCCCGUGUCGGCCGAGAUGGCCCCCAGCUUCCGACUGGUCGUCUAUCACGUGACCGACGCCGGAGAGGUGGUCACCGACUCGGUCCAGGUGCCCGUGGAGGGCAUCAACCGCGGCAGGACGAAGCUGGUGCUGAACCAGCACAAGGACCACUCGAAGAACACGGUGGAGCUGGGUAUGUGGAGCACUCCGGGCGCCACCUUCUGUACCAACUCGAUGAGGGGCUACCUGUACAGCGUGCAGGCGGAGCACGAGCUGAGCCGCGCCUCGGUGCUCGCCAGCCUGCACUCGUUUGAGAACACGCCCAGAGCCGUCCACCGAGCUGUCUGGCGCUGGCGGGAUGGCAGUCGGCCCGUCAGCUCUGAGUAUUACGUCACACCCGACUACGGCAUCGACGCCAACUCGUCGUUCGCGCUCGCCGGACUGGUGGUCUUCACCGACGCACGAGUCGAGUCGGUGCCCGGCACAGCGGACUGUUUCGAAGGGGAGGCCCGCUGUCUCUCCCGCGGAUGUUAUAACGUCACCCGCCGCUGCGACGGAGUCAGCGACUGCGGCGACCACUCGGAUGAAAUCGGCUGCACACCUGACGUUACCAAGGAGGAAGAGGAGCGGAGGUUCCGCAUCCGGAGGCGCUCCACCUUCGCCGACAUCUUCGACUUCGGCGCCGGCGACUGGGCCUGGAUGCUGAAAAACAUCGGGUAUGAGGGCGGCGAGCAGCAGGUCCUACAGGUCCCCGAGGUCAACGACGACUGGUACAUCAACGGCUUCAGCAUCAGCCAGAAGCACGGCUUCGGACUCAUCGAGGAGCCCAUACACCACGUCAGUAACCGGCCGUUCUACAUGACUAUGGAGGUGGUGUCCCAAAUCCGGCGCGGAGAGACCAUCUCGGCGCGCCUGCUGCUCGUCAACAACCAGGACAUCGAGGUGCUGGCUCUGGUGGUGCUGCCCAACAGCCCCAACUAUCGGUUUGUUCACGUGGAGCAGGACGGCGUCAUCUCUCACAAGAACGUCCGGACGUCAGCCGGCGACCACCAGCACCUUGUGCCGGUGGAAGCCGGCGGCAGUGUGGAGGUGACGGUGCCGAUCAAACCGCUGGUAGAACUCGGCUCCGUGGAUAUCACCCUAAAGUGUAUCACCCAGUUCGGGCUGGACGUCGAGACGGCCACCAUCCAGGUGCAGCCGGAGGGAGUGAUGACAAGCACCCACACGUCCUUCCUGCUGGACCUGAAGAACCGUGCCGUGGACCACAAGUUCCUCAACAUCUACACGGAGCAGUCUCCGGAGGUGCCGUAUGCCACCUGGCGGCGCUUCGUCUACGGCAGUCCGCAGGGCUCCGUCACCGUAUCUGGUGACGUCAUCGGUCCCAUUUUUCCAUCGAACGCCAUGAACACCGGCUCGGUGUUCGGUAAGCCGCUAAAGUCCCUGGACGGAUCCGUCUUCAACCUGGCCUACAACGCGUGGUCGCUGCACUACAUGCGUCUCACCAACCAGCUACCGCGCUCCUUCCUGCGCCAGGUCCUGGAGAAGAUGAACGUCCACUUCCUGCUCAUCAUGAAGCGGUAUCGGCGCGGGCCGUUCCUCUUCUUCGACGGCGGCCGGCCCAGCGUCUGGGCCACAGCAUGGACGGUACGCCAGCUGCAGUACUCACAAUUCCAGGACUGGGAGAACUACCUGUACGUCGAGCCGCGCAUCCUCUCCGAGGCCGCCCACUGGAUGUGUCUCUUCCAGAACUCGGACGGCUCGUUCAACGAGACCGUGUGGUACGAGCACCCUUUGGACCAGAAGAUGGACCCGCGCUCUCGCGUACCCGGUGAGCGGCACCGGCAGCGGCACAUUCCUCUCACCGCCAGCGUGCUCAUCAGCCUGCACACCAUCCAGGAGAAGCUGCACGGCGACGCCAAGGCGGUGGUGGCCAACGCCAAGGCGCUGGCCACCCAGUACCUGGAGCGUAGUCUGCACGUGCUCGCUGACCCCUACGAGCUGGCCAUCACGGCGUACGCGCUGACCCUGGUGAACAGCGUGGACCGCGAGCUGGCCUUCAGUCGACUGGUGGCCGCCCGCCGAGAGGUGGAGGGCAUGUACUACUGGGCGCGCGAGCCGGUACCCACCCUCACCGUCAGCCGGGACGUGAACCAGCGGCCGUACCUGCAUGGCAAGAGCGAGCAGGUGUGGGACGCCCAGUCGGUGGAGGCCACGUCGUACGCGCUGCUCGUGUACCUGCAUAGAGACGGCGUCGGCAUCGACCAGGAGAAGAUGGUGCUCUGGCUCAACAGCAUGCGCAUGUGCAGCGCCGGCUUCGUCUCCACCGUGGACACGAUUGUGGCCAUGCAGGCGCUGACUGAGUACGCCUUCCGAGCGCGGCUCCGAGACAUCACCGACAUGAAGGUCAACAUCGAGUCCUCCGGGCUGAGGAACUUCCAGAAACUGGUCUCCAUCGGCAACACCACGGCCAGACAAGUCCGCACCGUAGACCUGCCGAACGUGUGGGGCCACAUCAACGUGGUGGGUACGGGCGCCGGCCAGGCGGUGGUCCAGCUGGACGUCUCCUGGGGCUACGACAAGGAGAACCUCAAGGACACGCCGCCUGUCAAGGCGUUCGACCUAAGCGUGCGCGAGAACGCCAUCCAGCAGGCGCGCAACAAGUCCAUCAUCCACGUGGAGGCGUGCUACAGAUGGGUUCGUACCGAGGAGUCGGAGACGAGCGGAGCGGCCGUGCUCGAGGUCGAGAUGCCCUCCGGCUACCGAAUUGACCAGCAUGUGGCCAACGCUAACGUCCGGAGGCACAAACGGAACCCCAACAACGCCCUGAUGAGCGGCAAAAUAUCGCCCGACAAAAUCUACUGGUUCAUUGACAGGGCCUACAGCAACUUCACGCAGUGUUUCGACUGGACCAUCUUCCGCCGCCACCUGGUGGCCAACUACACCGCCUACAGGUCGGCCCGCAUCUACGAAUACUUCGCGCCGGAGCGUUUCGAGCAGCAGAUCCUCAACUCAACCGAGCUGAACGUGAUCGACGUCUGCCAGGUGUGCGGUUCCUAUCAGUGUCCCUAUUGUCCGUGGUACAGUGGCGCCGCUGGGCGGCUACCCGGUGUACUAGUGUUUGCAGUACUCUGCCAUCAGAUGGUGUUAAUGAUGGCAGGGUGGACGUAACUAAUCCUGCAUACCCUCAAAGGCAUUUAGUGGAGUUAUCGUGAAUCUCCGAAGCAUAAUAAGUUAUUAUGCACUGUAUCCAUGUGCCAUGUAUCUCUUUUAUACUUAGAAACGUGAUCAGAAUGUUUAAUCGCAUCGUAUGUAGCUAAAGGCAUGUGUCACCCGAUACUGAGCGAUACAUCAAUGCAUAGGCCUGCGUGCCCGUUUUUCCGCCCCACACCUAUCCGUGCUUCUAUCCUCAGGAUACUGGAAUCCUUCUCCUCCACCCCGCAACCCCCCUCCGGGCUGGACAGGCAACUUUAUCUCAUGCGGGCUGCUCCCUUGGAGCGGCACCGCUGCUCCUGAGGGAGCGCACCCCGUAGCCGGGUGCAGUGAGUGCCUUGGGGCUGGGUGGCCUGUCCUCUGGACGGGCUCAGCCCCGGCGACUCACUAGGGUGCCUGCCCAGACCAAUGUCUCCCCCUAAUUCCUAUCAUCCUUCCGGCUCUGCAAUGGUCUUGUCGACCGAAAGGGCCUAACCCAACAAAACAAAAACAAAUUCCGCCCCAUGUGCCAAAUAAGGUAGAGUGCUGGCGCUCAUAUUCUACGGACACUGGGUCGCAUGGACGCUUUUGACACGGGCGUUAGUACCUCUAGCACUAUGUCAAAGUGGAAUGCAAUGAGGAACUAACACAUCGAUACCUCAGGAAUCAUAACGGACUAACACCUGAUCAUGACAAAUACACUAUUUUAGCCAGGUGCUA